GCGUAGUUCAGACGCCUUGUUGUCCCCUCCAGGACCCCUCACAAUCCAACAUGGCGGCGGCCGUACGGGUGUACUGUGCCCUCCGCGUCACAGUCGGAGGUGUAGCACCACUCCGCACCAUCGUGGGAGCCGCUCAAGUGUCCCAGCUGGCGAGUCGAGCCUCAGCUGCGUCUCUCCAAAGACACUCGGCACUUCCCCCUGCGACAGCGUGGCAGCAAACCAGACAUGGCAGCUUCUUCAACAAGUUGACAGCUGAGGAGCUGUGGAGAGGUGUUCUUGCGGAGACAGGUGCCGGAGCCAGGAAGGGCCGAGGAAAAAGAACCAAACGCAAAAUGAAAAAAGACCUGAACCGAGGACAGAUGGUUGGAGAAGGUCAAGGAGGUUUUCUGUGGCCUGGUCUAAACACUCCUGUGGUGAAGGAUGGCGUUCUGCAGAGCAUGAGUCGAAGAGGCGAGGCUGAGCAGCAGGAGGUGCGGGCUGAAUUAGUGCGUCAGAGGGACGAAUGGGACAAGAAGAGGAAGAUGAAGGUGAAGAGGGAGAGAGGAUGGACGGGAAAUUCAUGGGGCGGCAUCAGCCUGGGCCCCCCUGACCCUGGACCCAAUGGAGAAACCUAUGAGGACUUUGAUUCACGUGUCAUCGAGGUGAAGAGUGUGUUCAACAUGACGGCCAAGGAGGGAAGGAAGAGGUCAAUCAGCUGUCUGGUGGCCGUGGGGAACGGAAACGGAGCCGCAGGCUUCGCGUUGGGCAAAGCAGCAGAUAGAAAUACAGCUCUGAGAAAGGCCAAGAACAGAGCCAUCCACUACUUGUAUUAUAUCGAUCGAUACAACAACCACACCAUUUAUCACAACAUUGAAUCCAAAUACAAGAAGACGACGCUUCGCAUGAAGAAACAAAACCAAGGUUAUGGUCUCCACUGCCACCGGGCUGUCAUCACUCUGUGCAAGCUGAUCGGGAUCCAGGACAUGUACUGCAAAGUGGAGGGAUCCAUCAAUUACCUUAAUAUCACCAGGGCCCUCUUCACUGGAUUAGCCAAUCAGGAAACACACCAAUCUCUGGCCAACAAGAAGGAGCUCCACGUCGUGGAGUUCCAGUCGCAGCGGGGCCCACUACCCGUGGUGGUGGCGAGUCCUAAAGACGGGGUACGAUCGGACCCGGAGCCCGAGGACGAAGUCCCCAACACCAGGCUGCACUGGGAUGACGUGAAAGCUACUCAGGGAACCAAGCGCUCGAUCUGGGCGGGAGUCAAACGCACCAUCUGGUAGGACAGCAGCAGCAGCGGCCGGUGAUUGGACUGAUGAAGGCUGGAGGGGCUGAUGGAAGCUCGAGAUUUGGUUUUGCUGAAAAAAAAGCUGACGUUGAAAGUGGAAUAAGAACUUUUCUUUCAAGCAGAAUAUUCUGUUUUUAAAUGUUUGAUUGUGUCGUCAAUCAAGGACUAAAGUUACACGUUUUUCAAAAUGAAGACAUCAAGUUUGACAUCAUCAUUCUCCAGAUGCACCUCACAAAGACCAAUACUCAGUCGGUUAGAUGUUCCAGAGAUCAAUACUUUACCUUCUAACUGUAAUAAAUGUGGAAUCGUUCUGAUAAACAGUAUAAAUAAAGCGUAACUCUGUCAAGAAAAAGUUUAA